CGGCAUUGCUAUUCUCCCCCACCCCCCACCACCAUUAAAUGCCGUCUGCCAUCCAACUCUUUCUCUCUUCCUUUUCUUGUUGCUAAGCAAGCUUGACGUCCGAAAUUUCCGUUCUAGGUCUCCGACUACGGUUUUCUGGUCAUAUCGUGUCCUGUUUCCUGAGACACUCGGGCAUCACUAAAGGUCGUCCGCAGAGCCUCCCUGACGUGGUCUCCACUCCAACAAACAUGACCUCACGCAUUGAGAAGACCAUCGCUCGACAGCAAGAGAAAAUCGCUUCUGGUGCAUAUUACGAAGCUCACCAGCAACUACGAGUCAUCGCCGCGCGGUAUAUCAAACAAGCCAACUACGAUGUGGCGGCAGAACUAUUAGCUAGUGGUGCUGCAGCCCUCUUGAAAGCCGGCUCCCAGCAGGGUGCAUCCGCCAGUGGCGGAGACCUAGCUAUCAUGCUGGUCGUCGAGGUGUACAUCAAGGCUGGUUGGGAGAUCAUCUCCGGUGAUGAUGAUACUGAAGGACGAAUUCGGAAGAAGCGGUUGAUCGAGCUUCUGCACGCCUUCCCACCCGAGGAACCUACACGGAAAAGGUUUAUCCAAGAGAUGAUUGGGUGGAGUGGUCGUUUUGGACCUCUGGAGAGAGGAGAUCCCGAAUUGCACCAUGCUGCUGGAUCAGUAUACGCCGAGGACAAUGAACCAUAUGACGCUGAAAAGCAUCUGAUUUUCGGCACCUCAGAAUCGGCCGAGACUCUGGCGAAACUUGAAUACGAGUGGUAUACCCAUGACGAUCCGCAUACGGCAGCAAUUUACGCAUCUCGUGCCGUAUUUCCAUACCUUCUCAUCGCAAACCUUCGCAAUGCCAACAAAGCCUUUCUUAUCUUCACGUCAAAGCUUUCCUCCUCGAAUCCAUCACUCGGUGUACAAGAGGUCAGCAGCGCUAGCUCUGACGUGCGGGUCUACCCUGCGCUCCCUUUGCUGAACUUCAUAAGCAUGCUCCUCCUCACAAUACAGCGUGGUAGUUCGGAUCUUUUCAAGCAGCUGACCGCUCACUAUGCAUCCCACAUUCGCGAGGUUGGCAUCUGGGACGAAGCCCUGGCUCAGCUGGGUGAGCAGUAUUUUGGAAUCAACAUUCCCAGGCAAAGUAACCCCUUGCUAGACAUGAUGGGCAGCAUGCUUUUUGGAGGUGGUCAGGAUACUGCCGGUUCCCGGACGGCCCCUCAAGGACGAGUGGGCUCGAAAAGGGUCGAGGCGCCCCCUGCGAGUAUGGAGCUUGACUAGUUUGAGGCUGGCGGGAACUUCCGCGAUGUAAAUCAAUGCAGUUCAUAUACAUCAUCCACCAUGCGUCAUGAUAGGCAUAAGGCAUGUUAGCACCGUGGAGAUUCUAGAUGCUGGAGUCG